CUUAAAUAAGACAUUUCAUAUCUAUACAGAUUUUUUUAAUCAUACGAAAGUACAUAGAAGAAUAUUUGUAGUUUGUAUUAUUUGAAAAAAAAUACGAUAUUUGGACGGUUGUAAUAGCAACCCUUUACACAGCUGAUUACAAAAUUUUGAUUUGACAGAAAAAAGCUCGCGAAAGAAAAAAUAAUACGAAGUACGAAAUUAUAUUCGAGACUAAAUUGUGUGUUUAUUUAAAGAACUAAUUAAAACCCUUAAAGCCUGCUGAGGCCAAUAUUAUAUCCAGGAUUUGGGGAACUCGUCCACAUUUUGAAAAUAAUUGUUAAGGCUUAUUGGAUAAUAACAACAAUCACGUCAUUCCGAAUCGUAAGGAUUCUAAUGAAAAGAAACGCUACGCAAUAAAAAGCCGAAACAAAUAUUUUAAUGUCACUUUCGCUAUUGCGAUGUCUAAAUCGGGGGGGAGGAGGGGUGUUAAAUGUCACUAAUAACGCUACUAAGCUAUCACUGCCACCAUCGUCGUCAACGCCAAUCGUGGGUGUUUCGAGCACAGCACAUUAUUCGCGACGUAGUGACCCCAAAAACCUUGAUAGCGUUUUCAAGGUGGUAAAGUCUAAGGCGCGUGUUGAAGAUGACUCUGACUUUCUUGGUGGCGAAUGUGGACCGAAUUGGGAAUUGCUUGCUCCUCGGGGGAAUCGCUUUUAUUUUCCCAACGCAGUUGGACCAGCGUGGCAAGGUGCGUCAACAACCAUCAAUUUAGAAGCACCACUGGAGUCGAUUGUCGCUUUCGAUGGAAAGAAUGCAAACAAAACUAUGCUACAAUUUACUGUCGGUGAAUGCCCCUCACUAAUAAGAAAGUCAUUACACGAACUUUUUCCGGCUCCUGAGGUAGUUUCCAGUGAGAAAUUAGCAUUAAUGACAUUGCGUUUUUCAGGCGAUAAUGAGCAAGGAGCAAGAAAGUUUGUUUUGGCGGCACGCGAAAUUACCUCAAGGCUUCGCUUGCAUGGGUAUUGGGCUGAUUUUAUGAAUCCAUUCAGCGGCAAGCCUUUUUAUUCUUGGGCAAACGGCAAAAAUCUGUAUAAAGUUGACGAACGAUUUAGAGGGAUUAAUAUGAAGUUGAUAAAAAAGAAUCACUGCACUGUAAUCAGCACCGAAGACGGCGAUGCUACAUUUUCUGGAGUCAUAUACACGAAUGCGCCAUGUGAUUAUUUGCAAAUUAAAUCACUUAUUGACGAACAGGUAUAGCAGGCUAACAUUGCCCUAGUAAAUUAUAAAUUCAAAAUUGUUAUAAGUUUCAUUAAAAGAAAUAAAAUUUUGUUUUAAUGAAA